UUCCUGCGGCGCCGCCUCCCCCCUCGCGCCGCGCUCCGAGCCGGCUGCGGCGCUCGCGACACGUGGCGCGGCGGGGCGGCCCCGCGGGCGGCGAUGGCCGCGGCGGCCGAGGCGGCGGCGGGUGGCGGGAGCAGCCGCCACGAGAAGAGCCUGGGGCUGCUCACCACCAAGUUCGUGUCGCUGCUGCAGGAGGCCAAGGACGGCGUGCUGGACCUGAAGGCGGCUGCUGAUACCCUUGCUGUGAGGCAGAAGAGAAGGAUCUAUGAUAUCACCAACGUUUUGGAGGGAAUUGAUCUCAUUGAGAAGAAGUCAAAAAACAGUAUUCAGUGGAAAGGUGUAGGUGCUGGCUGCAAUACAAAAGAAGUCAUAGACAGGCUGAGAUAUCUGGAGGCUGAAAUUGAAGAUCUAGAGCUAAAAGAAAAAGAAUUGGAUCAGCAGAAACUGUGGCUUCAGCAAAGUAUCAAGAAUGUCAUGGAUGAUUCCACAAACCACCAAUUUUCUUAUGUCACACAUGAAGAUAUCUGCAACUGUUUCAGUGGAGACACACUUCUAGCAAUUCAAGCACCUUGUGGUACACAGUUGGAAGUACCUAUACCCGAAAUGGGACAGAAUGGACAGAAGAAAUACCAGAUCAAUCUUAAGAGUAGUUCAGGACCUAUCCACGUGCUGCUUAUAAAUAAAGAAUCAAGUUCAUCCAAGCCCAUGGUGUUUCCAGUUCCUCCGCCCGAGGACCUUGCACAGCCCCCACCUCAACCUGCAGCUCUAGCAACUCCCCUUAAACCUGCUGCAGCUCCUCAAAAUCCACCAGAAAAACAUGAUCUGAAUCAAGAAGAAGAGGUACCACAAGCAUCAGCUGCAGUCACACCAUCAGAUGGCAGCGUGCAGCAGAACAGUACAACCGCAGCAGCUCCUUAUUCCAGCCUUCCAGAGUCAGUGUUGUACCCAAGCCUUCCAGGAGACGUCGCCCAAGCUACAGCUAGCUCAAAUGACUACCAGGGUUUACUGCCCCUGGAUGUUAACUGUAUUCUCAAGCCAAACUCAUUCGACAUAGCAAAGAUGGAGGAGCCCACAGGAAAUAUCAGUGGGGAUAUUAUUGAUGAACUCAUGUCUUCUGAUGACGGUUUCAAGUCCAUGCUUGGAAUACUGUGCACAGAGAAACUGCUAGCCUCCACUCAUCUAUAAAAUGGGGGUAAUGGUAACUUUCUUACUUAAAAUUAUAUAUAUUUGAAAGCUGAUAUAAGCAGUACUGUAACAAGGUGAAGGAAUAAAAAUAUAAAUUAUAGCUUUCUGAUGAAAGUUUCACAAGCUGCUCAGGAGCUCCUUUGCUGUAGGAAGAGAAAUUAAAUCUAUAUUCCACAGCUGUCACUCCUUUGUAGCAAACUCAUUUAAAAUACUAAGCAAAACGUCCCAUCACUUACUGCCUUAGUCUGAAAGCAAUACAGUUACUCACAGUAUGUAUCCUAGCAUGCUUGUCAGAUAAUCAAGACUAUUUUAAUUACUAAGACUAACCCUGAUACUGGUGAUGACCUACUGAAUUAUGA